GCCUCCGAACGUCGCGUCAAACCCGCCCGCCGCGCGUCAUUGGUCUCGGCGCCGGAGCCGUUGGCUCCCAGACCCGCCUCUCCGCCUCCUCUCACUUUUCCCAGGGUGGAUGCGCCUGCGCUCAGCUGCCUGGGCGGGCUGGGAGGCGCGGGUUGAAAAGUCUCGUUCCAAGUUUGGAGAGAGAGAGAAGAGCGCCUCAGACCUCGGUACCCGCGAGCGGGGAGGAGGCAGGAAAGAAGGACGCGGCGUCUGGGGAGCACCCAGGCAGCAAGACGGGGCCCGGGCUUUCGACAGCGGGGAGUGUGACGCGCUUGGGAAAGGCAGGAGCGCCAGCGGUCGGGCUGCUCUUGGCUAACGAGGGGAGUCCGAGGCGGCGGCGAGGGGCGAACGACCCGACGCAAGAUGGCGAGUAAAGAGAUGUUUGAAGAUACUGUGGAGGAGCGUGUCAUCAAUGAAGAAUAUAAAAUCUGGAAGAAGAAUACACCGUUUCUAUAUGACCUGGUUAUGACCCAUGCUCUUCAGUGGCCCAGUCUUACCGUUCAGUGGCUUCCUGAAGUGACUAAACCUGAAGGAAAAGAUUAUGCCCUUCAUUGGCUAGUGCUGGGGACUCAUACGUCUGAUGAGCAGAAUCAUCUGGUGGUUGCUCGAGUACAUAUUCCCAAUGAUGAUGCACAGUUUGAUGCUUCCCAUUGUGACAGUGACAAGGGUGAAUUUGGUGGCUUUGGUUCUGUAACAGGAAAAAUUGAAUGUGAAAUUAAAAUCAAUCACGAAGGAGAAGUAAACCGUGCUCGUUACAUGCCGCAGAAUCCUCACAUCAUUGCUACAAAAACACCAUCUUCUGAUGUGUUGGUUUUUGACUAUACAAAACACCCUGCUAAACCAGACCCAAGUGGAGAAUGUAAUCCUGAUCUCAGAUUAAGAGGUCACCAGAAGGAAGGCUAUGGUCUCUCCUGGAAUUCGAAUUUGAGUGGACAUCUCCUAAGUGCAUCUGAUGACCAUACUGUUUGUCUGUGGGAUAUAAACGCAGGACCAAAAGAAGGCAAAAUUGUGGAUGCUAAAGCGAUCUUUACUGGCCACUCAGCUGUUGUAGAGGAUGUGGCCUGGCACCUGCUGCACGAGUCAUUGUUUGGAUCUGUUGCUGAUGAUCAGAAACUUAUGAUAUGGGACACCAGGUCCAAUACCACCUCCAAGCCAAGCCACUUGGUGGAUGCGCACACUGCCGAAGUCAACUGCCUCUCAUUCAAUCCCUACAGCGAAUUUAUUCUAGCCACCGGCUCUGCGGAUAAGACCGUAGCUUUAUGGGAUCUGCGUAACUUAAAAUUAAAACUCCAUACCUUCGAAUCUCAUAAAGAUGAAAUUUUCCAGGUAUGUGACAGUUUUCUGGUGUCUGUAUGUCAGGAAAUGAAAUCCAGGGAUUCAUCAGUUAAGCUAUACCAGACUCGUGGGUCCACUAUUGAAAAAAAUGUCUUGUACGUGGUGUUACAUGGAGAUGCUCAUAGGGUCCACUGGUCUCCACAUAAUGAAACUAUUCUGGCUUCAAGUGGUACUGACCGCCGCCUGAAUGUGUGGGAUUUAAGUAAAAUUGGGGAAGAACAAUCAGCAGAAGAUGCAGAAGAUGGGCCUCCAGAACUCCUGUUUAUUCAUGGAGGACACACUGCUAAGAUUUCAGAUUUUAGCUGGAACCCCAAUGAGCCUUGGGUCAUUUGCUCAGUGUCUGAGGAUAACAUCAUGCAGAUAUGGCAAAUGGCUGAAAAUAUUUACAAUGAUGAAGAGUCAGAUGUCACGACAUCCGAACUGGAGGGACAAGGAUCUUAAACCCAAAGUACGAGAGAUGUUUCUGUUGAAUGUAAUGCUACGUGAAUGCUUGAUUUAUCAAGCGCCAAAAAGGCAUUGUAUAGUAGGAAAUGUAAGUGGGGUGGCUUAUGGCUUCUUUAUCCUCUGAUUCUAGCACUUUCAAGUGAGCUGUUGCGUACUGUAUCAUAUUGUAGCUAUUAGGGAAGAGAAGAAUGUUGCUUAAGAAAGAACAUCACCAUUGAUUUUAAAUACAAGUAGCAGGGUAUUGCCUUUGAUUCAACUGUUUUAAGUCCUCAUUUUCUCAAACUAAGUGCUUGCUGUUCCCAAAUAUGCAAGAAUAACUUUUACACUUUUUCCUUCCAACACUUCUUGAUUGGCUUUGCAGAAAUAAAGUUUUAAAAUAAAA